UGUGUGCGGAUGUGAACCAAGUGAGGUCGGGAUGAGACGUUCUGCAAGAAUUCUCAAGAUAUAACAUGUUUUUAUAUAUAUUUCUUAACGUAUAAGUAUGCAGUGAAUAUCUCAGCUUAGGUUCCAUUUAAAUCGACUCUUUGCCCUCUGUUCCCAGCCAACGAGAUGGAGACUCUGAUUCCUGUCAUAAACCGGCUGCAGGAGGUUUUCCUCACCGUCGGCGCUGAGAGCAUUCAGCUGCCCCAGAUUGUGGUGGUUGGGUCCCAGAGCAGUGGAAAGAGCUCUGUGCUGGAGAGCCUGGUAGGGCGUGACUUUUUGCCCCGGGGGUCAGGCAUUGUCACACGGCGCCCCCUGGUGUUACAACUGGUGCACGUACCCCCCCUGGAGGAGAGGGGGAAGCAGGAUAAUGGAAACGGGCCAAAACAAAACUCCCAAAACGCCUAUCCAGGUAUCAAGGCAGACGAGUGGGGAACUUUCCUUCACUGUAAAAACCAGAUAUUCACAGAUUUCUCAGAAAUUUGUAAGGAGAUAGAGUUGGAAACUGACCGUGGUACUGGAGAAAACAAGGGCAUCAGUCCAGAGCCCAUCUACCUGAAGAUCUAUUCCCCAAAUGUCCUCAACCUCACUCUCGUAGACCUGCCAGGAAUCACCAAGGUGCCGGUCGGUGAUCAGCCCGAGGACAUUGAGACGCAGGUGCAGGAGAUGAUCGUCAGCUUCAUCUCCAACCCCAACUCCCUCAUCCUGUGCGUGUCGCCCGCCAACUCCGACCUCGCCACCUCCGAGGGGCUCAAGCUGGCGCGCGAGGUCGACCCAGAAGGCCGCAGGACUCUGCUCGUGGUCAGUAAGCUGGACCUGAUGGACGCCGGUACCGACGCUUUGGAGGUGCUUCUGGGUCGAGUCAUUCCCGUGCGCCUGGGGAUUGUUGGAGUGGUGAACAGGAGCCAGCACGACCUGAACACCGGGAAGAGCCUGGCCGACUGCGGCAAGGACGAGCAGGCCUUCCUGCAGCGCCACUACCCGUCGCUGGCGUCGCGCUGCGGCUCGCGCUACCUGGCCCGCACGCUGAGCCGCCUCCUCAUGCACCACAUCCGCGACUGCCUGCCGGAGCUCAAGACGCGCGUGACGGUGCUCAGCUCGCAGUACCAGACGCGGCUCAGCGGCUACGGCCAGCCCGUGGAGGACCACGCCGCCACGCUGCUGCAGAUCGUCACCAAGUUCGCCUCCGACUACUGCAACACCAUCGAGGGCACCGCGCGCUACAUCCAGACCACCGAGCUUUGUGGGGGAGCUCGUAUCUGCUACAUCUUCCAUGAGACCUUUGGCCGCACGCUGCAGUCCAUCGACCCCCUGGGGGGCCUGUCGGAACUCGAUAUCCUCACAGCCAUACGCAAUGCUACGGGGCCCCGUCCAGCACUGUUUGUGCCGGAGGUGUCGUUUGAGCUGCUGGUGAAGAAGCAGAUUAAGCGUCUGGAGGAGCCCAGCCUGCGCUGUGUGGAGCUGGUGCACGAGGAGAUGCAGAGGAUCAUCCAGCACUGCUCCUCAUUCAGCACUCAGGAGCUGCUGCGGUUCCCUAAGCUGCACGACUCGAUCGUGGAGGUUGUGACUGGCCUGCUGAGGAAGCGGCUGCCCGUCACUAAUGAAAUGGUCCACAACCUGGUGGCUAUCGAGCUGGCGUACAUCAACACUAAGCACCCUGACUUCACCGACGCGGCACAGGUGUCGGCAUCCGUCAACAUCCAGCAGACGGAGCCGAUGGAUGGGGGGAAGCGCUGGAAGAAUGAGAAGGAGGAGAAGGCCCCAGCCUCUGCCUUCAGCAGCCCCAGCAGAGCUGUCAACCUGCUGGACACGGCUGUGCCCAUCACACGUAAGCUGACCUCUCGAGAGCAGCGCGACUGCGAGGUCAUCCAGAGGCUCAUCAAGUGUUACUUCCUCAUCGUCCGCAAGAACAUCCAGGACAGCGUGCCAAAGACGGUCAUGCACUUCCUGGUGAACCAUGUGAAGGAGCGUCUGCAGAGCGAGCUGGUGGGCCAGCUGUACAAGCUGCCUCUGCUGCAGAACCUGCUCAUUGAGUCUCAGGACACGGCACAGCAGAGGACCGAGGUGGCGCAGAUGCUGGAGGCCCUCCAGAAAGCCAGCAACAUCAUCUCAGAGAUAAGAGAGACUCACCUGUGGUAGUCAAACAAACAGCCUGUCCUAGAUGAUGUGUUUACACAUGCAGAUGUGUGUGUGUGUGUGUGUGUGUGUGUGUGUGUGUGUGAGUGUGAGUGUGUGUGGGUACGGUGUGCAUGUAUAUAUUGGAACGCAGUCAUCACUGGACAUACAACAGCCUUCGUUGGACCAGCAGCUGCGCACAUCUCACCAUGGACCAGUGGUCAGUGAAAUCAGGAGCCUUUGAAGUUUUCACUUUACUUUGAAAAUGAACUUGGACUAGUACACAAACGCACACAUUGACACACACACACACACACACACGCCCACACAUACACACACACACACUCCAGUAAG